GUAGAUUGAAACAUUUUACCAGAUACACUUUUCUGGGUAUACAUGUAAGGGAUCUUCUAAACUUGGAGGUAUUGCAUCUUAGGAUGGAACCAAGAGCAAACAUCUACACAGAGCUAUCUAAAGGUUACUUCAGAAUGGGUAGUAUUUGUUCAAAGGAAAUAAACUCAUGAGGCAAGCAGAAGGGAGCAAAAGGACUCUGGCUGUGCCCCUGAAAGCCCUACCGCCUGCUCUCAUGACACCAGGUGGAGGAACACCACUGGCCAUUGACAACAUUUUUACUUACUCCUCCAUGUAGCAGUGCAAAGACAAAACUCCCAGACUAUCCACUUAAUGCUUGCUAAAAUCAAACUUUUGGGAAAGAGUGUCAGGCAGACAAUCAGGACGCAUGGAUAAUUAAAGCUACCAGAAAAGAACUAGAAUUUGUUACCCUUCUGCUGGAAUCUAUGAUUUGAAGAUGAUAGUGGAAUCCAGUGCUGGAAUGUCUUACUCAUGCUCUUUUGAAGCUGCACGGAGUGUCAGUUUAGUUUAUUUAACGUGACAAGCAAGCCUAUGGUUAAAGAGGACAUGGCAUACUACUAUGCCUGGAACAAUGAUCAGGCAUUCUGGCCAUCAUUUUCUACAUUAGAAAUGAGCAUUUCAUUUUCUUAAAGCAAUAUCUGUGCUUGUUUGCUCCCUGCACAUGCACACGCACAAUACAAUGACCAGUUCUCAGGACCACCUGAGCUGGUCAUCUUCUACAACCAUUAUCACCAAGACCCUCAGUGAAGACAAAGACUUCAGUGGGAUGCAUGGAGAACAUAUACCCACAUCUCUUCAUCCUUCACCAGCGAUCAUAGAGGAUGUACAAGACAAGGAUUUCCUUCAGAAUAGUGCAUCAGAAAAUAUGAAUAGCCCAGUCGUCACAACAGUAUUGACCAGUGUGAGUGAGGAUUCCAGGGACCAGUUUGAAAAUAGUGUGCUGCAGUUAACAGAACAGGAUGAACUGGAAACCCCUGUCCAUCAGGGCAACAAGGACAAUAUAGGUGGAGAGACCAACAGUGGAACAGAAGAUAUCAAAAUUCAGUUCAACAGAUCAGGCAGUGGAAAUGGUGGUUUUCUUGAGGGACUCUUUGGCUGUUUGAAGCCCGUAUGGAAUAUUAUAGGAAAAGCUUACUCCACUGACUACAAGCUACAGCAACAAGAUACAUGGGAAGUCCCCUUUGAAGAGAUUUCUGAGCUGCAGUGGCUGGGUAGUGGAGCACAGGGAGCUGUUUUCUUAGGAAAAUUUCGAUCAGAGGAAGUGGCCAUCAAGAAAGUAAGAGAACAGAGUGAAACUGAUAUCAAGCACUUGAGGAAGCUGAAACAUCCAAAUAUCAUAGCAUUCAAGGGCGUUUGCACACAGGCACCCUGUUACUGUAUAAUAAUGGAAUACUGUGCACAGGGACAGCUGUAUGAAGUAUUGCGAGCAGGUAGGAAGGUCACACCUCGUCUCCUUGUAGACUGGUCCACAGGGAUUGCUAGUGGAAUGAACUAUUUACAUCUACAUAAAAUCAUCCACAGAGAUCUCAAGUCACCCAAUGUAUUAGUUACUCACAAUGAUACAGUAAAAAUUUCAGAUUUUGGUACUUCUAAAGAACUCAGCGAUAAGAGUACAAAAAUGUCCUUUGCAGGGACUGUUGCCUGGAUGGCUCCAGAAGUUAUUCGCAACGAACCUGUCUCUGAAAAAGUAGAUAUAUGGUCAUUUGGGGUAGUUUUGUGGGAGCUUCUCACUGGAGAGAUUCCAUAUAAGGAUGUUGACUCCUCAGCCAUCAUCUGGGGUGUAGGAAGUAAUAGCUUGCACCUUCCUGUGCCCUCUACUUGCCCAGAUGGAUUCAAAAUUCUUAUGAAACAGACAUGGCAAAGUAAGCCCAGGAAUCGGCCUUCUUUCCGACAGACACUUAUGCACCUUGACAUUGCAUCUGCUGAUGUGUUAGGUACCCCUCAGGAGACUUAUUUCAAGUCUCAGGCUGAAUGGAGAGAAGAAGUGAAGAAACACUUUGAAAAGAUUAAAAGUGAAGGAACUUGUAUACACCGGUUAGAUGAAGAACUUAUUCGUCGUAGAAGAGAAGAACUCAGGCAUGCCUUGGAUAUUCGUGAACAUUAUGAGAAGAAACUGGAGAGAGCCAAUAAUUUGUAUAUGGAGCUCAGUGCUAUCAUGCUACAACUAGAGAUUCGAGAAAAGGAGCUCAUUAAGCGGGAACAAGCUGUGGAGAAGAAGUAUCCUGGGACGUACAAGCGUCAUCCAGUUCGACCAAUAAUCCAUGCCAAUGCAGUGGAAAAACUGAUGAAGAGGAGAGGAGCCUGCCACAAGCCUGGAUGCCAGACUAAGCGGCCUGACUUGCUGAAAUCAGAUGGGAUAUCCAACACUGAAGUGGUGCCUAGCGGUUCUCCCCUUUCAGGGAGUCCCAAAAUGUCAGUGCUUAGUAGUAAAGGCCGCUACCGCAGCAAACCACGUCACCGACGAGGAAAUAGCAAAGGCAGCUACAAUGAUUUUGCAGGGAUCUUGAAAAACCAGUCAGCACGAGAUGACUUGGCCCAGCCAGCUCACCAUCAGCAGCUUCACCCCCACCAUCAUGGGCAUCAUCCCCGGCUAAACCUACAUGGACAGGACAUAGCAAAUUGUGCUAACAAUCUUCGGUAUUUUGGACCUGCUGCAGCCUUGCGUAGUCCCCUUAGUCAUCACGCCCAACGGAGGAUGUCUGGCUCUAGCCCGGAUAUUAUCUCUGCUGCUAUGGAAGCCGAUUCACGGAGAAAUCUGGAGGAGAAGGAUGGGGAGGAUUCGGCUGAUCAUUGGGAAUGUUGUCAAAAGGGUACAUACAGUCUCUGCCCAGAGUGCAGAAUGGGGACAAAUGGUACAAACCAAGGACAGUCACUUGAGCCAGGACUUAAAGCACCCUCAUAUGAGCCAUUGUUUGCAAAUGGGCAGUUUCCUGCAGAAAGGGAGGAAGGUGAAUUUAGCAGCCACAGGUCAGUGUCUUCUCUUGGCUCUUCUCAUCCUGUGACCACUUCAGGACUGCCGUGUAAAACACGACUCGUUCCAAAGAGUGGUGAUGAGUCUUCAGAAGAAGAAGAAGGAGAAGUGGAUAGUGAAGUGGAAUUCCCACGAAGACAGAGACCACAUCGCUGUAUCAGUAGCUGUCAGUCCUACUCGACUUUCAGCUCUGAAAAUCUCUCUGUGUCUGAUGGAGAGGAAGGUAAUACCAGUGACCAUUCCAAUAGCCCAGAUGAGCUUACCAACAGAAAGGAAGAUCAGUUGGCUGACAAGCUGGAUGAUAUGCUGUCACAGACUCCAGAAAUUCCUAUUGAGAUAUCUACUCAGUCUGAUGGUCUUUCAGAUAAGGAGAGUGCUGUACGCAGAGUGAAAACACAGAUGUCAUUCGGCAAGUUAUGUUCAGAGGAGCAUGGAUACGAGAAUCCUGGGGAGUUUGGAGAAUCAGGGGGUGACUCUUCAGAUGGAGAAUGCUCUGAUGCAACUGUGAGGACCAGUAAAGUGUGCAGCUCUGCAACCUUGUAAUGAUGACUCCCUCCCCUCCCUCAGUCAUCGAUUCCCCAAGAACCACUCUUCAUUCCUUCUCUGAGAAGCUGUUUCUCCACCCCUUCACCCAGAUAUUCUGCAAUAACUUGAAUCUUUGGAGAAAUAUUCUGACAAAUUAGUUUCUCAGUGUGUAUUUCAAGUCAUGAAUGGCAGGGAUGUAUUUUAUUGAAUAACUGAACUAUUGUAUCAUAUUUUGGCAUUUUAACACUUUUUAUGCUGAAGACAAAAUAACUGGUUGCGGGGAAAAAGUUCAGAAGGCAAGCUUGUGAAGGUAAAUAAUCUUUUUGAGUCUUAGAUGGGAUAUAUGAGACCCACUGCUACUGCUGUGACAUGGAUGAGGCCAGGUGGUUCUGAAGUGCUGGUAAUAAAAGAAGAUGAAUGCCAAUGACUUCUUCACAUUUGGUGAAGCAGUGGAUGGGAUAAUCUUUGAACAAAUGUAAUCAGUGUAACCAGCAUAAUGUUUUUCAAACAGAAGUCCUGGAAAGGCCUGUUUGAGUCUUUGCUCUCCUGGCUUGUGAGAGUGGACGUUAAUCAUGAUUAACUUUUACUUUCUGUGUGGUUGGUUGUCACAUCCUGCAGCUGUAUUCUCUUCAAUGUGUCUCUAGCAGUUUUCACCAUCACUAUGCCAUUGUGAAAUCAGAGGUACAGCAUGAAGUAGCUGAUGAAUAGAAACCAGUGGAGAUGCUGUUCUUCUCAGUUAUCUUCUUUACCUUUAUAUUUGUUUGUUUCCUUCAGUUUAAAAAAUCGAUCAAAUUGGUGUUGAAGAUCAAGAAUUAACAAGCCAUGGAAACCACAUUCUGUGGAUCCUGCAAACUGUUUUGAAGGAAUAAAUUGGAACUUUUUCUACUAUAACUGGCAUUAGGUCACAAGAAGGGAGAUUGUCCUUGGCUGUGGCUAGGAGAAUAGUUUGGCCUAGACCACACUACUGGCCUUCCUACUGCUUUUCGAGUACUGUUCUUGUAGGGAAGCAUUGGAAACCUGUUGGACUUGCUGCAAAGUAACAUUUGAAAUGUGGUGAUAAAUGGAGAAUGCUCUUCGUACGUGGAGAAUAUUCUUCUGAGGGAACCUAAGCCAUAUGUCCAUAGUGGAGUAUUUUGGACUGAAGAGGACCCAAGACUUUUUCCUUUGCUAAGGGAAAGAUAAAUUCCACCUUCCUUCUGCAAUACCUCAUUAUUCCUAAGCAACUCACUGGAGUUUAUAAUCAUGGCUCCUUUAACUCAAAUAUCCAACAAGAGCAACACAAAAACACUAAAUGUUUUAAUUUGGUUUUAUAACCAAAGCGUGAAUAAUAAUCCUGGCUGUGUCCCCAUUGUGUGUCUAGUUAAUUACAUUCAGGGAAGAAAGGCUCUUUGUGUGGAGUGUAAAAUUGUAGCAUAGGAGGAUUCAUAUUUAAGGUAGUGAGUACCAGUUACACCUGCCACCCCAUCCCCAGAAUGAAGGACAAGGAUGGGUUGCAUGCUUUGCUGCUGUUUGUUUACAUUUGAUUUCUUUUUUUAAAUCAAUAGCCUAGUGACAGAAUGAAGGGAAAUUCUUUACUAAUGAAAAGAGCAGUAUUGUAUGAGUUAAAUUAUUCCAUAUUUUUGAAACUUUGUAGCUGGACUACAUGGAUUAUAAAUUAUGUCAUUAUUUAUUAUAAUUUCUGUAGAUUAAAGGCAGGGUUUAUUGUAGCACAAUACAUUGGCCUGAGUUCAAUUGCUCUGUGGCACCUUAUGCCAAAAAGAGCAGGAGCCAGGGCAUUUUUUUAAUCUUGCUGAUUGCACAGCCUGUAGACAAGAAGACAUGGAGUGGGUCAGUACAAGCAAGCUGAAUGAUUACUGGGGCUGCAUGUGCAUGGAGUAUAAAAUAGUGUGGAUGCAUAUUCUUUAACAUCAUGAUAUGCUUUAGUCUCCCUGCUCCAGUUUAGAACACUGUGAAAUAUCAGACUAAAGUAAAAUGAAUAAGCCCUGUUUACCUGAAAUACAAUUUUAUUCUGCUAAAAAGGAAAAAAAAAUCCUUGAAUUUUGUAUGCUUA